UGGAAUGAAAAGAAAUAGGUUCUAGUAAAAGUUGAAUCUAUUUUUAGAGAGACACUAUGACGACAUGAUGAGAACUUAGAUUUCACGUGUGUCAGAAUGGCGAUGCGUUUAUCUAUAGUGUUUGGUCUGGGUUGUGUUUUGUUUAGUUUUAUUUCUGUGGUCGAUGGUCUGCCCGAGUUAUCAGCCUUUAGUAAAGUCGUACUUCUAAGUGAGACGGUCAGAACCAAUGCAGUGCUGAGUAUCAUUGACUGUCUGGACACAGCCAACCUCUCAGUGACCAGUCAGGUCAUCUCAGUUGACCCCAUGUCACCCUGCGGCAAUUGCUUUAACAUAUUCCAACACAAGACAGGUUUUCAGCUUGAAUACCGCGCUGGUAUUGACACGCUGAGUCAUUCGGCGGCCCCUUCCUACCUGAUGAGCGUCUCCUGCAGCAACACAGUGGACACGCCCCUGGUAGAGGUCAUGGAAGUGAGAAUAGUGCCCAACUCUCCCCCCUACUUCAACGCCUCUGGUCGAAAUGUUUCUAUGAGUGUGAGCUCGUCUACGCCAGCUGGCUCCGUCCUGUACCUUGUUCAGGCAGUGGACGACGAAGGCGAAGACAUCAUCUAUAGCAUGAGCGUCAUCCCAGUGACGUCAUCUAGCCACUAUCAGAUUGACAAGUAUACUGGGAAAAUUACCACAAAGGUCGACCUACGAUCAGAGUGCAGAGGUGACGUCACCAUGGUGGUAACUAUCAGCGAUGGUCACUCAAGUGUUGGACCAUUAGUACUAAGUGUCAUUGUUACUGAUCCCAAUGCCCCUCCAUUAGCCUCCAACCUAGACGUCAUAGUUCAAAUCCCAGAAACCUCCACAGGCGUCGUUUAUGAAAUUUUAUCUGCUGACGGAAACGGGGACGCCGUGAUGUUGUCGUGGAGCUCGUCAGGGGCGGCACAGUUCGAACUAAACGCUACUGCUUUCAACAUUUUAGCGAGUGGUCAACUGGACUAUGAAGUGGUCAGUCAAAGAGUAACAGAUUUCAUUAUUCAGCUGACCGAUGGCUAUUGCGUGUCUCCUGUCUACACUCUUACACUUCAGGUAACAGACGUCAACGAAGCCCCCGAGAUAACACCUACAGAAGUGCACCUCCAGCUGUGUGAGGGCAAAGUAGAGUUCAAUCCAGGAUUAAGGAUUACAGAUGAUUAUUCUGAUCAACACCUAUGGUCCAUCUCCAAUGCGACUCAAGAUGAAAGUGGACACUUCGGCAUUGACCAAGACACAGGGCUGCUCAGGACGCUGUUGGACUAUGAUGUGGACUCCGGACUGAUGGUGUCUGAUCGGACAAUUGUUGUACAGGUGACAGACAAAGGUGGGCUCACAGCGACAGCAAUCGUCAACGUCACCUUCGUGGACUGCAACGACAACGCCCCUGUAUUUGAAAGUCCGUUCUACACAGCUGCAGCUACGGAAUGUACCCCUCCAGGUUCUAAUGUGGUCACCGUGCACGCUUACGACAACGACACGUCACACCAACAAAACAACGUGAUACACUACAGCGGAACGGGAGGGUCAGUCUACGUCAACGCCAGUGGACACGUCAUUGUGGCCCAACCGAUGCCUGCUGGAACUGUUGUCACCUUCCUAGUCUACGCCUAUGACAGAGGUCAAACUCCAGGGCCACUGAAGAGCAUUAAUCCAACAGUGGUUUCGGUUAGAUUUACACCAUGUCCACCAAUUAGAACGACCACAACAACCACAACACAACAGCCGAUUAUCACAACAGCAGCACUGACCACAGAGGUUGUACCUAAGAAGAAUGACAACACUGCCUGGAUAGUUCUAGCAGCUCUGCUGGGGACCUUCUUCCUGGGUCUGUUGGGCUACAUGCUCUGGCGUUAUGGGGGCCGCUGUCUCAGGGCGUUCAGCGAAGUCAGCUGUGACAACUCCUGGUGUAACCCAAAACUCAGAACAAGGGUUGUGAAGAUCAAGUCACAGACUCCAGCAGUAGUUGAAUCUAUAUAUGAUGAGAUCCAAGAGCCGGCUGAACCACCUGGACCAGGGUUUCUCUUUGGCUUCUGGAAAGAACGUUACCCAAACGACGACUUCAAAUAUCAACCAGACAGAAGGCGACUUCCUACCCCCGGCGAUAUGGAGGAACACUAUCCGCACACCAUCGACCCCGUAGAGGAGCCCGCCAACGUACAGGAUCCGGAAGUCGUCGGAAAGCACAAAAGACAUUGUCUGGUCAUGUAACUGCACUGACAUCGAUGACGUCAUUACCACUAUAUUCAGUUUUCAGCCCGCCAACGUACAGGAUCCGGAAGUCGUCGUAGAGCACAAAAGACUUUGUCUGGUCAUGUAACUGCACUGACAUCGAUGACGUCAUCAUCACCACUGCAUUCGGUUUUCAGCGAUAUGUUUUAUUGUAGUCUGUUAGGUAUACAUCAUUUUGAAUAUGUUAAUAAAUGAAAAAUAAAAAAUAUA